AUUAAAAGCUAACGUGAAAAUGUUUUUUUUUAAUUCGGACAAAAAAUGCAAAUGUUACCCAGUAGUCUAGUGUUCGCCUAGGCAAUUAUGCAAGACAGAAGUAUAUUAACGACCGAUUCCUGUCUACAGAAAAUAAUUCGAGAAAGAUUUAAAUCUUGUACUGUGUUGACAAUAGCCCACAGAUUAAAUACAAUCAUCGAUUCGGAUAGAGUUCUGGUACUAGAUACCGGGAAAUUACAAGAAUUUGACUCGCCGUAUGCCUUACUGAAGAACGUAAACGGUAUAUUUUAUAACUUGGUUAAGAAGACGGGAGUAACUUCAAUGAAUGAAUUAUACAAAAUUGCCAAAGCGAAAUAUUACGCUAAAGAAAGGGUCGAACAAACAAAACUAUAAAACAGUGGAUUGUAUUCAAUGUAUAUCCGUCUUUUACAGAUCCGGUGUUACGUUUUUUAUUUAAUCCUGUUCUUAGAAAUAUUAAGUCAAGUUCUUAAACAUUAAGUUAGUAUUUUCGCACAUCAAGUAAAAUAUAAAAUUAAUUUUACGUUUUACUUGACAUGUUUUACUUGACAUGAUAUUUAACAUUUGUGAGUUUGUUAAAUUUAUCUAUGGUAAACAUCAUUGAAAGUAAUCAGAAGGUUUAGCAGAUAAUGGUUUUAGGAAUACUUACAAUGGUUAAUUUAAGAAUUGAAGUGAAUUUUCAAGUAUUAAAAAACAGUAAAUGAGUUUAAUUUAAAUAAUUUAAUACAAGUUUUGUUUAUGAAUUCCAUUAGGAAAAUCUUAAUCGAAAAUAUAAUUCUAAUUCUAAAUAUGUAUCCCAGCAAAAAUUUGCAUCACGAUAAGUAAAAAUAAAAUUAGCCAAAAUUUUUUUGAA